AUGUCGAGCAAUGGAUCAUAUUGGAUAUCGCGAGAUGGAGAGAGCAAUGCUCCGAUCGCGGUUUUGUCAUCGUCUUCCAUUGAAGAGAUCACUGCAUCACUUGAGAAUUUGGAAGAGGAAUCCGACCGUUUCGUCGAACUUGGAUGUUACUUCUAUCGGAUGUCAUUAGUCAUUUUGGAACUACAAACUUCCAAUACAGCCUUGGAUAUUAUGGAGAUAUUAUCUAAAAGAAUCGAUUCGGCUAAGGAAAUAGUCGUCAAACGCCAAGCAAAUGAUGUUAUGGAGAAGAAACUGAGAGAGGUUAUUUACAAUAUGGGAAGAGAUUUGAGUUCAAUACCGUCGAAGACGUUUCAUGAUCUCGAAUUCGUAGAACUAUCAAUUAAAUCACUUUCUAAGGAGAUGACAAGCGCAGGAGUUUCCGAGAUAACAGAUCAAAAGGAAACUGAAGAAGAAGAAGAAGAAGUUGAUGUCAAAGAUAUCUCUACUCCACUACCAAUGGUUGAAGUAGAUACCGAUCUAUACUCGGCGGUAAGCAUUGAUGACAAAUAUAUUUCUACUCCAUCGAGAGAGGUACUACCAAUGGUUGAAGUAGAGACCGAUCUAUACUCGGUAAGCAUUGACUACUCAAUCGAGAAUUUCCCAUCAUCAAAGGGAAAUCGACGAAAAAACAGCUUUAGCUAUGGAAAUGUAAGCCCGGGAGGAAACUUAUCGUCUUUACCUAAAAUGGCUCAAUACAUGGAGCCACAUUACGAAGCCUUCUUUUGCCCUUUGACUAACAAGAUUAUGGAUGAGCCGGUCACAUUAGAAACCGGAGCAACUUUCGAGAGAGCGGCCAUAGUCGAUUGGCUUGGAAGAUUCAAGGACCCAAAAGACUUUGUUUGUCCCAAGACGGGUAACAAGUUGUUGAAUAGAUCUUUGAGUACAAACAUAGCUUUGAAAGCCACGAUUGAGGAAUGGAAGGAAAGGAAUGAGGUCGCGAGAGUUAAGGUUGCUAGGGCAGCACUUUCGCUUGCCAAUAGUGAAUCUAUGGUCUUGGAAGCGAUGAACGAGCUUGAGAGCAUAUCGCAGAGGAAGAACAGUAGUAGGUUAAUGAUCCGGGAAAUGGGGAUAUUAUCGUUGUUGGUUCGGUUCUUGAUGUAUAGAGAUAGAAACGUGAGAUGUUCUACGCUUCAACUUCUCCUUCAACUCGCUCAAGAUGACGAGGGAAAGGAAAUGGUAUUCAGGACAGUGGACAUGACUAUUGUGAUCAGGAUGCUGUCCAGCGGCCAUCAGCCCAUAAGAAAUGCAUCCUUAUCACUGCUUAAGGAGCUGUCAUGCACACAGUCUAUGGCGGAGAAGAUAGGUUCGAUCACGGGAGGAAUUCUGAUGCUGAUCACCAUCAAAUACAGGGAGUCUGUUGACGCCUCUGCUUCAGAGAAAGCAGGAGAUGUUUUGAAGAACUUGGAGAAAUGUUCCAUCAAUGUUAAGAGAAUGGCGGAAAAUGGUUUCCUGGAACCACUACUGAGACAUUUAGCCGAAGGUACAGAAGAGAUGAAAACAGAGAUGGCGAAUUACCUGGCAGAGGUUGUUCUAGGGCAUGAAAGCAAAACCGUGGUGGCUGAGAAAGCUUCACCAGCUUUAAUCAAAAUGGUGCAGAGUGAUAACUACAUGACGAGAAACGCAGCAUUCAAAGCUUUAAACCAGAUCUCAUCUUACAAACCGAAUGCAACAGUUCUGGUGGAGGCAGGAAUAGUGAAGAACAUGGUUGAAGAGAUAUUUCUUAGAAAUACCCACAAAUCAGAGUACUCACCCUUAAACUCGAGAAUUGAAGCUUCUACGGUUCUUGCAAACUUGAUAGAAUCAGAAGUCGAACUGGACAACGUGCGAGUAAAUCAAGACGGACAUUCGAUUACAUCUGAAUAUAUGAUCUACAAUAUAAUCAGCUUGCUCAAGAACACAACCCCAGACGGACUCAACAUCAAUCUCAUUAGAGUUCUGUUUUGUCUGAUGAAAUCGGAGAGAACCUCGUCUGCGAUUAUCUCAGUUGUGAAGGAAACAGACGCCAGCUACAGUUUGAUCGAGCUCAUCAACAAUCCAACCGACGAGCUUUCUGUUGCAGCAACUAAGCUACUCAUUUCAUUAUCUCCUUACAUGGGAAACACAUUGGCAGAACGACUAUGCAAAACCAGAGGACAACCGGAGAACCUAAUCGUGUUUCCGUCGGAGAUGAAUAAUCGAAUAACCGAAAAACAAGCAGUUUCAGCCAAUUUCCUAGCUAAGCUACCUCAUCAGAAUCUUCAACUGAAUUUAAAUCUCUUAAACAAGAAUACAGUACCUGUUGUUCUUCAGAGAAUCAAAGAAAUUCAAACCACCUCCAUUAGAACAAGCAGGCAUGCGAAUUCCUACUUAGAAGGAUUAGUCGGAAUCCUAGUCCGAUUCACGUCCACUCUCUACGACUAUCAAAUACUUAUUCUCGCGAAAACCUACAAUCUAACAUCGGUUUUCACAGACUUACUCGCGAAGACGUCGAGUGACGAGAUCCGAAAGCUAUCAGCGAUCGGACUUGAAAAUCUCUCGUCGCAAUCAUCCAACCUAUCAAAACUUCCUCCAGCGAAGAAACGCAAGCUUCUGCAAGUAUUCCUGAGAAAAUGCGGUUCGUUUCGUCAAACGAAAGAAACUGAACCGUUUAUCUGUUCAGUUCAUAGAGGAGCUUGUUCUGCACAGGAUACAUUCUGUCUAGUGGAAGCGAAGGCGGUGGAGAGGCUUUUAGCAUGUUUGGAGAGCGAGAAGACGGAGGUGAUUGAGGCGGUGUUAUCAGCACUAAGCACAUUGUUGAAGGAAAACGUUGUGAUUGAGAAGAGUGUGAUCGUGUUGAACGGAUUGAAUGCGAUGGAGUAUUUGUUGAGUGUAGUGAGAGAACAUAGAGAAGAGGUGUUAUGGAGGAAGAUAUUUUGGAUAAUGGAAAGGCUUUUGAUCGACGAUGGAAGUGAUAGAUCUGUUGUUUCUGAUACGCUAUCUAGGGAUAAAUUGCUUCCUUCGAUUUUGGUAAAUGCGUUUCAUCAUGGAGAUGGAUAUACAAGACAGACGGCUGAGAAUAUAUUGAGAUAUUUGAAUAGGAUGCCUAAUUUUACCUCAGAUGUUACCAUGACAAUGUCAAUGUAGUUCUUCAUCUUCUUCCUUCUUCUU